UUUCUGAAUAAUCUGUGUUGUCGAUGUCGAUGUUGCAUUUUGUUGUUUUGCUUGAUAAAAAUUCUCAGGGAAUCUUAUAUUUGAUAUAAUUUAACUCAAGCUUAUGACAAGACACGCGCGAAACUGUACUGCGGGUGCAGUAUACACCUACCAUGAAAAGAAAAAAGAUGCGGCCGCAUCUGGAUACGGCACACAGGCUGAACGAGUUGGAAAAGAUUCAGUGAAAAGCUUCGACUGCUGCAGCCUGACAUUACAGCCAUGUAGGAACCCUGUCGUCACCAAAGAAGGAUACCUGUUCGAUAAGGAAGCUAUAUUAGAGUACAUCAUCGCCAAAAAAGCAGAGUAUACCCGCAAACUGAAGCUAUAUGAAAAGCAACUGAAAAAGGAAGAAUCUGAGAAAGCAGAGCUUGCUGCUGCUGAAAAGGAAGCCAACUUGAUCAAGUUCAUGAACAGAGAGAAGAACAUUUCGAGUGUUCAAAAUAAAACCUCCACAAGUACACCAUCAACAUCCACCUCAUCAAGUCAAGGAAAGCAAGUGCCAAGCUUCUGGAUACCAUCCCAGCUACCUGAUGCUAAAAUUACAAAAUUAGAAAAGCCUGAUCCUGUAGUAUAUUGUCCUAUCAGUGGCAGACCAUUAAAAAUGAAAGACUUGAUUGAAGUGAAAUGGACUCUUGUGAAGGACCCUGAUGACAAAAAGUCCCUUAUAGCUAAAGAAAAUAGAUACAUGUGUCCAGUUACACAUGACAUACUGAGCAAUGCUGUGCCAUGUGCCAUAAUCAGGACAACUGGUGACAUAGUAACCAUGGAGUGUGUGGAGAACCUCAUCAAGAAGGACUGGUUACAUCCACUCACAGGAGAUAAACUUAAGGAAAAGGACAUCAUCCCACUGCAAAGAGGAGGCACGGGCUAUGCUCUCACUAAUGAAAACUUAGAAGGGAAGAAUGCAAGACCAGUUUUACAAGCUUAAAAUUACCUAAUUUUUUCUGGCUACUGAAACUAAAUUCAAAUGAUGGUCCUUCAACAGCUUAACUUUAUUAUAAACCAAUGUAAAAUUUCAA